ACCGUCCCCCCCCUUCUCCCCGCUGCCGGGACGGCGCCGGCGGCGGAUUCGUUUGGAAGCCAAGGGAGGGCCGGGGCCAUCGAAACGGACCGAGCCCGGGCACCGCGACCGCCCCGACGGCGGGAGGACGCGCCGCCGCCUUCCCUGUCGGCGACACGGCUGUCGCGACAGAACCGGCAGCCCUUCGGGGAGCGGUAAAGCGGGGGCUUAACGCACCCGGCUGCGCGGAGCCCCACGACGGCCCUAUUCCCACGGAACCCCCACCUCGGCGCCAACGGGGAGCGCCGCCUCUAUCGCGACAGUCGCCGACGGGCCUCUGCGCGCAGCGGGCUCCAGCUCGGGGGGCCCGGCGGGAUGGGGCCCCCGACGCGCUCCCGGCUCAGGCGCGCUCCCGGGGGAGGCGGGGGGCGGCGGCGCUCACGGGCACGGGCGCGGACACGAGCGGGGGCUGCGCGCUCUGCCCCGCGCACACUCGCGCCCCGCUCCGCUCCCCGAAAAGCGCCGGUGCCGGUACCGGUGCCGGUGCCUCCGGUGCCCCGCCGCCGGGAUGAAGACGGAGGAGGCUCCGUCCUGCCUGCAGCAGGCGACGCCGGUUCUGGGCUUCGGUUCCGACCCCAAGAUGCGGGAGGUGUGCGCCGGCUGUGACACCCCCAUCUCCGACCGCUUCCUCCUGCGCGUCAACGAGCGCUCCUGGCACGAAGGCUGCGUGAAAUGCGCCGUCUGCCUGCAGCCCCUCUCCGGCACCUGCUACUGCCGCAACCGGCAGCUCUACUGCAAGCACGACUACGAGAAGCUGUUCCAGACCAAGUGCAGCAGCUGCCUGAAGGCCAUCGCCCCGUCCGAGCUCAUCAUGAGGGUGCUGGAGAACGUCUACCACAUCCACUGCUUCUACUGCUGCGAGUGCGAGCGGCGCCUGCAGCGGGGGGACGAGUUUGUGCUCAAGGAGGGGCAGCUGCUGUGCCGCAGCGACUACGAGAAGGAGAAGGAGAUGCUGAGCGCUAUCAGCCCCGCUCCCACCGAGUCUGUGAAAAGCGAGGACGAAGACGGCAGCCACUCGCACGGCAAGGGCGGCGAGGAGAGCAAAGACCACAAGCGCUCCAAGCGCCCGCGCACCAUCCUCACCACGCAGCAGCGGCGGGCCUUCAAGGCCUCCUUCGAGGUUUCCUCCAAGCCUUGCAGGAAGGUGAGGGAGACUCUGGCAGCUGAGACGGGCCUGACCGUGCGGGUGGUGCAGGUCUGGUUCCAGAACCAAAGAGCCAAGAUGAAGAAGAUCGCUCGCAGGCAGCAGCAGCAGCAGCAGCAACAGCAGGAGCAAGACCAGCUGGGCAACCCUCGCCUGGGGAGCGGGAGGGGGACCGGCCGCAACAGCAGGCAGAGCAACGACGACAGCGAAGACGGUGCAAGCGUUCACGGCCUGGACGGGCUGAUGGUUCCCUAUCCUCGCAUCCCCCAGCAGCAGCUGCUGCCCCUGGAUCAGAACGGCUACAGCACAGACUUGUACAGACAAGGGCUCACACCGCCCCAGCUGCCAGGAGACCAUCUGCACCCUUACGACUCAGAAGGAGUUUUCCACGACAUGGACAGCGACAGCAUCAGCCACCUGGGAGACUGCCUGCUGUCCACGGCUGAGGCCAACCUCCUCCAGGCCCGCGUGGGCAACCCCAUCGACCGACUCUACUCCAUGCAGAGCUCCUACUUCACCUCCUGACCAUAGAAAAGCUCCCGGCUCUUCGCGAGGAUCUCGGGUGGAUGCUGCUCCAAAUUCAGAAGUGGGGGUGAGGGAGGAGAACCCAGACUGAGACCGUCAGAGACAUUCCUCGAGCACUGCACAGCGGAGGAGGCAGCUGAGGCUGCCACACACGAGCACCAACCCACGGGGACCUUUCACAGCCUGAAGGACUUUGGAUUGCCUCUCUCCCUUUUUUUCUAGCCACGAGUAGAUCAAUGGUAUGAUGUUGUUUAGCUGUACCUUUAGCAGUUUGUCCAGUGUUUAAGCUUUUGAGCGUUAUGUCCUUCAAACAAAGACUGGCCAAGCUAACCAGGGCGGCCCCCCGAAGUAGCAGGUGCCCUUCCCACACAAACUCUGUUUAUUUAAGCCCUGGUGGCAGCCGAGCUGCCCGCCGGGCUGUUUUGCCUCAUUUCCCAGCCUAUGGGACAAGGUUAAUUUUCAACAGCAAAAGCCAAGGUCCUGAGGCAUCUCUAAGGGAUGCCACUGCUGCUUCAGAGAUUCUCUUCGUGGCUGUCGACGGGUUGGCACGGUGCGGUUUUUUAAUGGUUGACAUUUCAGAAAUGCAUGACAGCCUGGCCCUGGAAUGAAACGGCUGCGCUCGGGUGUCUGCUUCAAGAAACGGGAGUACUCGUGCUCUGUCAUGCUGAAGGAUGCCAAGAGAAGUGUAACACAUCCACAGCGAGCUUUCUGUUGCCUUUACGUCUGUCUUUCUUCCUCUAAAGGGGCACUUCUACUCCCUUUAUGGGCGGAACAAAGACUUCUCUUCUGUUUGUUUCCUUUUUAAAACAGCAAAGCGAAAUGGAUUUACUCUAAAAAUAUUCCUGCUAGAAAGCCCCUUCUCUAUAGCAGGAUUUCCCACUCUGGCUCCUCUUUCAGGCAUCCUAACGCCCUGCUUCCCUCCGACAAGAAAGAAAUUGCGUUGCAUUAUCUCACUUACCUCCAGCAGGCUACAUCUGGUUGUUGCUUUGAGGACGGUGACAGCAGGACUCAGUCAAGAAAAAAGCGUUUCUGCUGUGGAUAGCAAGCAGAAAUCCAUUUUCUCCCAUUUUUUCUCAUGAAAGAAUCCAUUUCUUUCACCCUCCUGCAUGAGGCAGGUUAGAGUUAUGAGAAGCCAACGGGUGCCGAUGUGAACAGCCACAAAAACUAAAAUGGGCAAGAAAGAGAGAGCAGAGAUUGGGAGCCUGAAUUAUGACCAAAGGGAAACCCUUCGGUCUCCUGCCCAGGACCCAAAUCUGGGGUUUGGUUCUUUGUAUUUAUGAAGGACAGCCAGAAUUCCUCGAAAGGUCAGGUUUCCCCAAGAGCGUGCCAGCUGAAGGGACAAGGUCCUUCAGACCCAACCUUCCCACGUCUGUUUGAACACUAAGUGGCAGACAACCCCAGAAGGAAACGCCGACUUCUUUUCGCAUCUCGAUCUCCAGGGUUGUGAGCCUAAAAAACGCAACCUGAGAACCUGGCUGGCUGCUGUUUCUGUAUGUGGUGUUUUACUUCUGCGCCUCCACAGGCUUGCCGGUCUGAUUGUAAAGGUGUGUAUCCUCUCCAAUAAGAAAAAAAAAAAAAAAAAAGGAAAAAAAAAAAAGGCUAAUUAUUGUUGUCUGUGGUUGUGGAGGAAGAUACCCAGGAACUAUAUAAUCCUGGCUUUGGGAACGAAAGGAGAUGCAGUCCUGAUGCAUUUUGCUUCUUGUCAGGAAUUUUUCACCUUCUCAAGACUACUUAGAGAGAACAUAAAGGACAUAAAGGUGCUGUGGAACAGAACCGCAGCCCUACAAAGCUCACUCCAGCAUUGCUUCACCUUUAAUAAAGCUGUGUGAAUGUGACACGUCCCGUUGUGUUUGCAGUGCCAGAUUCUGUAGCUGGACUCUCCUUUGCUCUCACCCUCAGCCUGUGUACAUAGUUUACAGACACUCUGGCAUUUCUUUUCAGGAGGGAAGGGGGAGCCUUGUGCAGAAACAGACAUUUCUGACGUAUGUUUGCCCACAAAGACAAGUUCUAGACCCAGCUACUGCAGCUGGUUGGCUUCCACCUUUGUUGUGUGGUCAGCCACCCGUAAGAAAUGACGCUGAAAAACUCCUGAAGCUGUACGGUUCUUUUUGCACAAAGACGGUCUCAGUUUAGAUUAAGUUUUCAGAGAAUGUUAUAGUGAACUCUGUGCAAAUUGGUGUUUCUCCCGGACGCUGGAGCCAGCUUCACCCACUGAAACCCUCCCUUCUCUUCGUUGUGAUCUCGUGCUGUGAUGUGCCGAUGGUUUAAUUUUUUUAUUUUAUUUUAUUUUUUUUUUUGCAUGUACCUUUGAAAAUAAAAAGCAAACUGUAAGUGGAAACCCGAAGCUUGCCUCAGCACAGUCAGACAACCCCAGGGAAGGGCUCCUCGGACAGCCCAGCCCUUCCCUUCCCUAGGAGCGAGGUAUUCUGGAGCAGCUGAGGAACUCGUGCUGGCAGCUCUCCACCUCCCCAUGCAGCUGCACGAGGAGCUAGGAUCCCAACGAGAAUAAAUAAAUACGGUGAGCUGCUGCGAGGAGCUGUGCUAGACCCGGAGCUGCUGAGAAAAGGAGUCUGAUGAUGAUGAGAGAUCCAGUGCCAAAGCCACUUCAGAGCUAUACCCUCUAGAAACGAGCAGCUGUUAGCGUGCAGGCGCUCUCCAGGGCUGGAUUCUGCCUGAAAGGAGCAGAGGGAAAGCAGAAAGGUGGGCGCCAGGUCCACAGCUGGUGCUGUCCAUGCCUGGGGAGCUAACGAGCUUGCCAAGCGAUGCCUCUCCUGGCACCAGUCCGAAGGACGGGGCUGGUUUUAGCAUCACCAGCAUGGCCAGGGGUCAGUUUGCCUUCUGCACCUCGGGGGUAACAGCGUGCACCCCAAAACCCCAUGGAUGUCAGGGAGCUAAGUCUCACGGCUAUCACAGGACCUGGAAAUUAUUCCAGGAGAAGGAUCCGGCUGCUUGGCAGCAGAGUGAAGAACGGAGCCACAGCAUGCUGAAACACCUGGACGCCCUCUCUUUCCCCUCUAGAAAGAAUAAAGGUGAAUAAAAGCGAAUCAAGGUGACCACCGGAUGAAAAACGUUCCCCCUCUGCCCACCCAAUUCAAAACCAACUCAAAAACCAACUGGACAACAGCCAAGCAAAGCAAAACGUGUGUGCGGAUGGAAUGUGGCUCUGCACAGCUCCCUGCCCUCGGCUGCUGCCCAUUUCAGCCCUGGCCCUGCCAGCAGCACUAAAUCUCUCUCCCGGUGACUGCAAACACCAAAGGAACACGCUGAUUUAUGGCUCCUUUAAGUAAGAGAAGCAGAGUGUAAAACGAGAAUAUUUUCUGGAUGAAAAAUUAAAGAGAUGUUUUUGUUAGUUCCUCAUUCUAGGAUCGUGUGUAAUUUACCUUAUUGGUUUUCGAGUUCCACUUGAAAGGAAAAGUGACAUCAACAGGAGUUAAAGCAACAGGCUGAAAAAAGCCCUGACACACUUAACUUUGUACGCUGAGAUCUAAACCAGAAAGAAAUUGAGCAAAAAUAAAGGAAAGAAUGAACUCACGAUUCUUAGCUUCCCCUUAGCUAAGGACCUCAGAACUCCUUGCAUAUAUUAAUUAAUGAUCCCUCACUACUCCCCAGCCAGGUAGGUGUUAUUUAUUUUAAAGGUGAGUAAUCAGAGGCACAGAACAUGUCAUGAUUGGCAUCCAAGGCCCCACGGAAAGACGGAGGGUAAGUGAAAACAGAGCUGACAGCCAGGUUGCUUCAACUACCAGCCAAAACGCACAUCUGCCUGAAAACAAGCGUUGAGAGCAACUAAAAUUGGAGAAAGCACAGGACCAGGAGACCGAGCGAGAACGGAAAAGCUCAUGCCAGAAGUCACAGGACUAGAGACACAAGGACUUGGUGAACGAUGGAGCGUUUGCCCUCAAAAGUUUGACACUGCCUUCCCGGUCCUCAGGCAUCUCAGAGCUUGGUCCUCUGGGUUCUUCUCCUCGCUGUUGCAGUGGUUUGAUGUUUAUUUUGGCUAUUCUGUGUUCGUGAGGAUGCGAGAGGUUCAAUCUAGAAAAAUCCUGGUCUAAAUCUUUUUUUUUUUCUUUUUUCUUUUUUUUCCCCCCCCCCCUAAGCCUCCCACUCUGGGUAAGACGGGCUUAUUCACUUAUUGAUUUCAGCCACUCGGCGUUAAUUUAGCCGAGUCUUUGCAGCCUUUGGAGAUAAAGCUGAACCGACCAGCUUGAUUGACUGCCUGAGGUCUUCUUCCCCUUGCUCGCCUUUAUGUCAGUGUCUGUCCUACCUGUAACUGCUUCCUGCGCUCGUUUCCGCAGCCCUGGCCUAACCAAACCCAGUGGUGUGAGGUGCUGUCAUCUUCCUGCAGUACAGGAACAAAAAAAAAACACUUCCCGGGUCCCCAAUUCUUGUUCCAGGUUUUUCAGACCUCUCCCUCGGCAAUUUGCACCUUGGGAAAGAGAACGGAGCAACCGAUGCUCCUUUUAGGAAGUGUUUGCAUGGCUGCGUUUCCAAUGACAGGACUAGAAAACUGGAUUUGGAAGAGCUUUUUCCUACACUUCCAGGGACUUGCCCUCUGCAUCUGGCUUUGCCCUAUUUCCAGCCUCUAUCACGCACCCACAGCCCUUCCCUCGCAUUUGCCAACUCCAACAACUGCAGUAAUUGCUGUUCCAUUUUUAUUCCAGCAGCCAGCAAGAACAGGUAGCCCCUGCAGUUAGAAAAAGAGCUGCAAAACUCCUGCUCCGUGCUUAGGAGAGGGCCUAGAUUCAGCCUGCUCCAGCACGCAGCUACAGAUUCCCUUCAGGCUCAGAAGCGAAACACUCCUCGGCUUCUUCCAGCCGUUUUCUGGCACAGCCACUUGCAGGGAAGAAAACUGCUGAUAUUCCCUUUGCUUUUCGCAACCUUUGCCAAAUUUGCCAAGGCUACAAAUUGAUUCAGCCUAGGAACUCUUCCCAGGGUGCUGGUAAAUUGAAGAAAACACCAAUUUCAAACCACAGCCCCCACCCCAAGACCUCCCUCCACGGGGAGGUUCUGUCCCAGUUCUCCGUUAGGUGACAUUUGGGUAGCGAAAGCUGCACGAGGACAGUUCUUUAUUCAGAGUAAAACUUGCAGCUGCCUCCCCAGUUUGUUCUCAGAAAGCCUUUAUCUCCUCGAUUGCACGCAGAAGCAGGAUGGAGCAGCAUCUUCCUCUGCCCCCUCUCCCUAGGAACGAAUUUACUGAACCUCGCGAGCGUUUGGCUGCUCGAUGGCAGCGGCAGCUCAGCGGUUAACGCGCCCGAGCAAGUAAUAAUAGAGCAGCUCAGGCUCCUGAGAAGGAGGAGACAUACCCGGGCUUAAGAGGGGGCCCACUGCACCUUAAACAUAAUGAAAAAUGGCUUUUCUGCUGACAGGCUGACAUUUCAAUACAAUGUCAACAACAUGUAAAGCACCUUCGCUCCCGUCUAACGGCACCCUUAAUAAAGCCAUUCACGCCACAGACAUUUCUGACUAAUAGGGUCCUGCCCAGAACAAAUAAAUUUCCAAAAGAUUUCUCCUCCUUUUCUGGUAGCACUUGCCUCCUCUAAAUUCACUUUGAAGCGAAGCCACCGUCACCUUUUUCUCUCAGCUUUUCCACCAGGAAAUAAAACAUGCUUUAUCUUUA